AUGGACCUCCCCACAAUACGCCGCUACUUUGAUGUGGCGGAGGAGUUGUACGCAGCGGGUCAUCGCUUGCAUGCAUUUGCCACGUUGCAUGCCCUUUUCGCUGUCCCGACAACCAUCCAGCUGUACUACCGUCGGGAGGAAAUUCUCUGUCGUGUACGUGCAGCCGAGAUGCUGCUGUACAACUCCUCACCGCCGCAGCAAGGCAAAAACAGUACCGGGAGUGGCAGUUCUGCGCCAUCUGCGACGGUGGCACGACUGGAUUUGGCGUACUCCGUCUUGUCGCCGAUGAUAUCUUCUCGAUGGUACUUGGAAGGCGUCAUCGUCUGCCCCCUGCUGUGGGAUGACGGCAGCAGCGACGGUGCGCGAGCCGCGGAUGGGGAACGAAAAGGAGAGAAAGCGGGAGAGGACGGUGAGGGCAGAUUUGUUCCUGUUGCGUUAAUUGUGAAGGCGUACGUGUUGAGUGCGAUUGUGCAUCGUCGUCGUCUCCGACACACGCAGGCGGUGAAGUGCAUCGAGGCGGCUGGGCAGUGGUGCAGCACCGCCUUUUGCGCGUCGCUGACUGGUCUGGCCACGAGCCUCCCAAACGACGCGGAGGCGGAGGCCCAGCAGAGGGAAGAAAAACGCUGCUGUGAAGCCUUUCUUUCAGUGGAGUUUUGUCGGGUGUAUUAUUCGCAGCUUGUGAGCGCCGGAACGGCUGUUGUUGCGGAAAAUCGCACACCGAACACGGCGGUCCUUCAUGCUGCACGCACGCACGCAUUAGAUCGGCUGCUCUAUCAUGCAAAGGAAUACGCGAGUUACGUCACAUCUGACGGCCUGGAGCCACUCCUUCUGGAGGAUAAAAGGCGCAGACAGUGUAGUUCACUGUGUUUUUCUUCUCCAAAGAACUUGUUUUCCAUCCGAGCGGCGGCGCGCGUGCUUUCUCACUACUACUGUGCCGCGUUAAUCCUUGACCACCGGUUGGUGGAGGCGGAGCGGCAAAUGCAGCGGUGCGGAGUGUUGUUUGGUUUCUCUCCCGAGAUGCUGUGCAUGAUGCAGCUCCUUGCGGUGGGACUCAGGGGACCAUUAGCAUGGAAGGGGCCGCGUGGAGUGAAACGACAGCGCAGUGAACAGGUGCCCGAUGAAUCUCAGGUUGCACAGAACGAGGGAAGCAUGUCGCCGAAGGAGGGACUUAGAUGGAUGCAUGAUGGGUUGUUGGUGGCAUUGAGGUGUUAUUUGACCAUGCAUGCAGCUUCUAUGGAUUGUGCGACCGCGGAGACAACGGUAUCUUUUAACUCGGUUUCAGAAAGAAUCCCUGUUGAUGCAAACACAGUGGCCGUCAAUAAUACUCAAAGUGGGAAUAAUCCGGUACGUCUUCUGUUUCAAAGAACACUGCGUUGUAUUGAUGAGCAGUUGACGCUCCUGACGACAGAGGUAAGUCAAAAUGGUUGCGAGGUAAAUAAUGCCCGAAAGGAUCUUCUCUACAGUUCCCCCUCAGCUGAUAUUCGUUUUUUGGUGCUGCUGAAAUGUGCUGCACUUGUGACGAUGACUACAUAUGCUCUUUCACAAUUGUGGCUUGUGGAAGCAGUGAGACACCUCCAUCAGUUGCGUCGCUACAUGAACGUUUUCCACAAGCACACGACAAGUGUGCGAGUGCAUUAUCAUCUGAUGGUAUCCCAACUAACCUCGAUGCUUUCAUUGCGUCAUCUCUCAGGCAAAAGUAAUGUGGCAAAUUACACGGAAACGCGUGAACCCAAGCGACUCUCGGAAAGGGAAGAGGAAGAGCGGACUGCGGGGUUUGAUGUGGGAUUGCCAUAUGCGCACGUCCUUGCUGCGGAGAGGGCGACAUUAAGUGCUGCUUCUGUAUGUCUCUGUGGCCCAUCCACACGGCUGCUUGUGUCGCUUAUGAAGGGGGCCGCGAUUUCACACGCAGCCCGUGUGGGGUCGGCAAUUCACAUCACGGAUGCCGGAGUCACGCUUACUCAUCUCACUGUACACCAACGGCAUCGUUGUGCGAUGGCCCUCACCAAGGUGUUAGAAGUUCUCAAGGCAAGCUUUGUUGCAGUAUCUGCGCAGGAAGAAGAAGAAGAAAAGAGGAAGGAAGAUGAUGAAAGCAGUCUUCGACAAAUAAGGUCCGCGUGGAAUAAGUCCAACCAAGUUUUUUUUCUUCUCCUUUGCGGUGCGGCUGCCAUGUCAGAAGAAAAGGACGAGUUAACAGCUAUCAGCAUGUUUAAGAACGCCCUAAAGCAGGUGAGACGAUACUUUGGCCCCACGAGCGGCGUUGCCUCGGAACCCUUGUACCUUCUCGCAAUGGCAUACAAUGAGUCUGAACGGAUGGAGCUGCAUCCAUCCGAGGCGUCCACGCCAGUCUCGGAAGGUGGCAACGAAUAUCUUCUUGCUAUUGCCAAUGGGGCAACAGACAGUGCACAGCAGACCUUUUCAGUGGCCUGGCAAGUGGCUUCAAAAGCGAGGCGGUUGGCACAGUUGCAUUGCGUCUUGGCUCUGCAGGAGAGUGACAGUAAAGAAAAUCACCGACAUAUUGUGGGCGAAUGGAAUAUGGAGGUACACCGUGUGUGUUUGCUGAUGCGACGGGAAUUAAUGGAGGUCGUGUCUUUUUAG